AUGGACUUGCAAGCAUUCAUUUUAUGUGGUCAGGGGACGGCUCUAUCGCCGUUCACACAAACCAGAGGCGAUACGGGUCUUCCUAAAGCGCUUUUGCCAGUAGCCAACAGACACAUGAUAGAGUACGUCCUAGAUUGGUGUGAGCAGGCAAGCUUCAGGGAGAUCGCAGUCGUGGCUGAACCGGAGGAGCUGGAGCAAAUUCAAAAAGCUCUUAAACCUUAUAUGGAAAUUCGGAAAAGGCAACACGAGCUGCUGGCUAAACACGGCCCAACCGUUAGUGGGGUCACACAACGCCAACCAGUGCCGCUCCGCUUUGUAGAAGCUCGCUAUGAUACCACAGGCGCCAUAUUACAGCGAGAGCUUUUGCCGUGCAUCAAGGGAGAUUUCGUACUUUUACCAUGCGAUUUCGUUACUGAGAUUCCGCCUCAGAUUUUCAUUGAUCAAUUUCGCAACAAAGACCCUGACAACUUAGCAAUGGCGGUACUUUAUCGCAACACUUUUGAGAUCAUUGACAAGAAACCACUUGACAUCUCGUACACAGUCUAUUCAGAGAACGAUGAUUCCGUGAAACAGCCAGUUCUACUAGAUUCCUACUCCAAAGACGAUGUUGACAAAUCCAAGUACUUGCAAAUUCGUUCGCAUUUGCUCUGGCGGUAUCCAAAUGCCUCUGUGUCUAAAAAACUACUAAACGCUUCAAUCUACUUCUGUUCCAAAGAACUUGUUGAGUUAUUAGCCCCUGUUGGUCCCUUCAGCGCUAUAUCAGAAACGGAGUCUGAUAAUGAUGAGGACACAGCUGCUCGUUCGCAAAAACAACAAGCUAUUCAUCCUAUUCAAUUCAGAGCAAAGAACGAGCUUAUUAAGGACCCCAUAAACUGUAACAAAUCACUUUCAAAGCUUUUUAGAGACCUCGCAAGACGUUCAUGGCAGCAUUCGACACCUCGCGAGACAGUAGGUCUUUUCAUCCUCCCUAGCUUGGGUUCUUUUAUUCGUUCCAACAUUUUGAAUGCAUACAUGGAGGCCAAUCGUUACAUGUUGAGGGUCAAGUCUUUACUUUUCGCUGCCCAUAGUACUCCUACCAUGAAUAAUGCUGUGGGCGCCGAUUCGAUAGUUGGCGCCAACUGUACCAUUCUGGAGAGGACGAGCGUCAAACUCUCCGUUCUUGGCAAAAACUGCCAGAUAGGGAAACGCUGCCGAAUUGUGGGUUCAGUCAUUUUGGACAAUGUGGAAAUCGAGGAUGAAUGUGUUUUGGAGAAUGUCAUAGUUGGAAGCACUUCGAAAGUGGGCAAAAAGUGUAGGCUUACAAACUCGUAUAUUGAAGGAUCUUAUACUGUUAACGCAAAGACAGUAUUGAAAGGUGAAACUCUAACGCAUAUCUACUUGGAAGAAAGCGAUCAAAGCUCCGAGUCGGCUGGGUCAUCUGAAGAAGAAGAUUCUAGUGACUACAGUGAAGCAGACUAUGACGAAGAAUUCGAGGAUGAUGGUCUUUUUGAACGCUGA